UACACGCACGCACACUACAUCUUCUUCUCUCACUCUCUCUUUCUAAAUCAUCACUUUCUCUGCCUCUCUCAUGACCAUAACCACCAUGACCGAGCUUCAAUCGCCAAAUCAGCCACCACCACACCACGUCCCUCCUAACUUCUCUCUCGAGAUCUCUCUUCACUGUAGCCGCUCCAAAUCCGGCGAGCACCAUCGGAUUCCGACCACUUCUUUCAGGCGUCGCCACUGUCGGAGCACGCCAACCAUCAGAUCUGUCCACCACCGCAACAACCCCAAGCUCGCAACACCAGCAACCGGCGAGAUCCAGCCUGAACCACCAACGCCGCCCACUUUUUCUGCGUUUCCAGCGAGCUUCCAAGCCCCACGCGCCGCACCAACCAACAACAACAACAAUUAUGGAUAGAACAUCCAUACUUGGAGAUACAAUUGAUUACGUGAAGGAGCCUUUAGAUAAAAUCAGCACGUUUCGUGAAGAAAAUGAAAUGCAAGACGAAAUUAAGGAAAUAAAAUUUAUGGGAAAUUUCAAGGAGCUAAAGCCUAAUGAAGCUUUUGUCAGAAAUCCUCCAAAGGUACAAUUUCUCACUUACGUCAAAUAAUAUAAUGAUUGUUUGUUUCUUUCUGGAGGGAGGAAUAUUUUGUACAUUUGAAUAAUAGAUGUGAAUUAAGGCCCAUUUGUUCACGGA